GCUCAUAAGUAGUAGUAUUAAAAUUACUAAUAUAAUUAAUAAAUAACAUAAAAAUACCCAAUACGUAAAUUUCGUGAAUUCAAGCACAUAAGAUAUGCGUUACAGUGUUCAUACGUUGUGCUAUUUAAUAAUUCGAAUAUUUACCUGACUAACUUUCGCUGACAUUCCAGUAUUCUUGCUAUUAGCGUGUCGUGUUCAAAUAAAAGUAUUUACAGGGAAUGAACUCGAAUAACCACAAUAAUCGAGGGAGUACGCGAGAAAAGCUUUACUGAGCUCCUCCCCACUUUUUAUAUCUGGCCAAUCAGGAAGACCCAAGUGGUGCCAUUGCCCAACACUUCUACGCACGCAAAAAGCCAAGUACAGGAUAUCAGUAUCUCAAGUAAAGGAGUGAAAUAUGCCUAGCGAUUUCUCCUUUGUACCACCUCCUGAGGCUCCUGUGUUUUAUCCAACGCCUGAAGAAUUUGAAGACCCACUUGGCUACUUGAUGAAAAUCCGACCAAUAUGUAUAAAAACUGGGAUAUGCAAAAUCGUCCCUCCCAAGUGUUGGAAUCCUCCGUUCGCUGUCAAUAUGAAGGAGUUUUCAUUCACACCACGAAUCCAGCGGUUGUACGAGCUAGAAGCUCAUUCUCGUAUCAAGUUGAAUUUUAUCAGCCGUCUCUACAAGUUUGUCCAGCUACAGGGAGGCGACAAAAUCCGAGUACCUAGUAUUAGUGGACGCUACUUAGAUCUAUAUGCUCUUCACAAACGUGUCGCAGAAGCUGGUGGAUAUCGUCAAGCUUGCGAUAACCAAUUGUGGUCUGAUAUUGCUGAAAAGUUAGGUUAUCAAAGCCGUCAUGCACAUACAAUUAAAACCAACUAUGAAAAACUGCUACUAUCAUUCGACCAAGUUGUAUCAUAUCCGUCUCGGCCCACCAAGACCAUUUAUCACCCUAGAAGUCGUUGGAGUGGUUAUAAACGUGGCAGAAAAUCAAUUGGGGAAGAGAAGAUAGAUUACUCGGCUAGUAACGAGUUAAAAAACCUGCAGUUUUUUGGUCCUGGACGAAAAGCUGUUGUUCCUGAAGAUGGACGACCAAGCAAUUUCAAACCAGAAGUCAACAUUGAUGAAUAUAAUUGUCGAGUUUGUGGUCAUGGAGAUGAUGAAACCAAUCUACUUGUCUGUGAUACAGAUAGCUGUCAAGCUUGCUAUCACUUGUAUUGUCUUGAUCCACCUCUUCGUUCCAUCCCAAAGUGCCAGUGGAAAUGCCCUGAAUGUGUCAGAGCUAUCUGUUGUAAUCCGGUGGAUGUAUAUGGAUUCCCUCAAUCGAGCAAGACUUAUUCUCUUCAAGAGUUUGGUGUAAUGGCAGAUCAAUUCAAAUCUACUUAUUUCAAACGUCCAUGCACUGUAAGUAUGAUUUGCAGUAGUUGUUUGCCAUUUUCUGCUUCAUUUUCUGGCUUGUAAUACAGUUUCAUUUCCAUCGCUUCCGAUCAUUCAAUGGCUUUUGUUAAAGAGCUUAAAUUUUCACGUUUAUCUUAGCAUAUAAUGUAUUUUCAUUCCCUUACUAGUCAUGCCAAUUUCCUCUCCGGUACUCGUGUUACUUUUAUUCACUAAGUUCAGUCAUAGUUGCUUAAAUUCAUAUCAAGAUAAGAUUGUUUAAUCAUAAUUUAUGUUGAGCAAUAGACCAGUGCUCAUGCCUUUAUAAUGACAUUCAGUCAGUCAGUCAGCUACAACGUAGGACCAGGCACAUAUGUGCAUCCGUCCAAGUUGCCAUACCUAAUUAGCACCGGAUUCAUAGAAGUAGAUAAUUCAGUGGUGGUAAUAUAUUAAGGAAAUAUUGCAUAUAUGGACAUAGUACAGGAAGAAGGAAUCAACAAUGACAUUGGAUUCAUGUGACCGAAAUCCUGGUGUAGUAUAUGAGUGUGUUCAUAAAUCUGCUCGAUGUUCGUGGCUUUUAAGUAAUGUUCAUCUACGAUUGGCCAAAACGGAAUAUAUUGGUUCACUUUUUGUACUGGCUCCUUCAUUCUUAUAUACUGACUAAAACCACCGUUCUAGAAUGAAUGACUUCACAACUGGUGUAGCUGCUAGAUCUUUAGUCGCCCAUAAUCAUUAUUUUAUACUUAUGGAUAUUCGUUUUUACUUCUAGUAAAUUAGUAUGUCUAAAAGCCUUUUUCCAGAAAAAAGCAUGUGAUCUGUUGGUAUACUUCAUAUUGUUAUUGUGCUUUGGAACAUCAAAGGACGAAUAAAUAUCAGAUACCAAAGCAUUUCGGUAACUAGACGAAACAGAUACUAACCGAGAAGAUUCGAAGUAAAAUAUUGAUCGCUUAAAGUAUUAUGAAAGUAGGCGCAUUUAUUCCCAAUUUACUUGUUCCUUUUCCACCUACGUCCCACCGGAAAGCAUAAACGAACUUUUUUCCUGGAAAAACUACCUUCCAAAUCAAAGAAACUGGUCAAUAUAUUAAAUUUAUCACUGCUCGUAAUAUUGAACUACCUACUUUUAAUCACACCACCUCUAGAUUCUGCUACUGACACCUUUUAUGUUAUCACCUACUGAACCGACCGGUAUCAAAUAUCGGUAACCUAAUUAUUGGUCGACAAAAUGUAUUCUCCCCUCAUAUUUUCAGUAGCACAAGAAUCACCGCUUUAAUGUAAAUCUCUUCCUCUUACUUUUUCUAACUUGUCAGCUGAAGUUUAGGAAAUAGUCAACGAACCUUUCAAAACAUUGCAAACUAUACACUGUGUAUCUCAUUGUAUGAUCGUGUUAGAUGUAUAUUGUUUCCUAGAUAUACAUUCUGCUUUUGUUUGUUCAGUUACUCAUAAGUAGCGGAGGACUUUGCAGGAAUCUGCAUCUGUCAAAAUUGUUUAACUUCAUAUUCUCACAGAAAAGGAUUAACAAAAUGUAAAACUGAAGGAGCGAAAACGCUAAUGAAAAUGGUAAACGAUGAAUACGAACUAUUGUUCGUAGGGAACAGAUAAAAUCAAGGUGUUAACACUACCAAGUUAAGCUCAAAGCUGAAAAGUGAAGAAUACAUCUACUCAAACUGUUUUUUGAUCAUUUCACUUGAGGUGUGUAGUCAUAGAUACUGAUAAAAAGGGAUUGGAAGGUUGAAGGUAGUCAUUUAUGGGUUUUAGUGUGCCUUUGAUUGCACGUCAAGUUCUAGGUUUUAUUAUAAUUAUGGACUAAACCAUAACUAGUGUACUCAGUCAUUCUGUUAGCCUUAUUUAUCUGGGAAAGCACCAGUUGGUUGAAUGAAGUCCCUUACUUGUUAGAGGGAAAUGGUAGAUUACCGUGAAGGGAACGUUUCAAAAUCCACUGCAAACGCUAGUAAAUCCACCUUGCCUUUUUCAUCCUCAUAGGAAUCUCAUGAUAUCAUGCCUUUUUUCCGAGGCUACUCAUGUUCUUUCUAAUAACAAUUUUGGGAUUAUUCUUCUUGCUCUUCAACAAACAAGUUUGUUUAGUCUGAUUCGUUAUAGUAUUCCAUAUUGUUUUGUAUGUAUGUUUUCUCCCUUCAGUGGAUAUUUGACAAAACCAAACAGCACAAUAAUGUUAUAUAUCGUUUUGAAGAGACUUGAUUUUGCAAUCGCAUCAGGUCUGCGUUGGCUAUCAGCUGGUAAGCUUACUCGGUAAAAUGUUAGGCCGUGUUCUCAAAUAGCCCUGUUAAAGAAAUUGAGUAAAUAUGCCUAUGCCAUUGGCAAAGAUAUCAUGUCUGUUUAUCUCUAUUCAUCUUUCCAUUUGUAAAACAGUUCAGAAAACAAAUCAAAUAUCAUAUUACAAUCUCAACGUGAUUAAAAAAAGUUGCUGUUAAAUAGUUUCCUAGUCAUAAUGUUAUAGGCGAUGAAGAUUUAAUCAGUAGUGUUAUUAUUUGAAUCACAUCGCUUUGGCCCAUUUUUAGUAUCAUAAAUACGACAUAAUUUGUUUUAUGGAGAAAUGAAGUUUGUUGUUUUUCCGUUUAGUAUUUCGCUCCUGAAUGCUAUUCAAGUUUUAGGAUUCCCCUAAAUAGUUUUAGAUUCGUUUCUAUUUUGCUUACAGAAGGGAAUUUCUGCUGUAGUUUGAACGUAUGUAGUCUAUAUUCAUUACUAGUAUUGUAGAACUGUCAAUUUCUGACUAAGCAUGAGAAAUAUCUUUAAUAUAAUUAUUUAAUCACCGUUUUAUGACUCUCUGGAUCUUAUAACUUUUCACAAUUAGCCAUUAGACAGUGAUCGCUGAGAAUUCGUUUCCAUUUUCUACCUAGUUUAGGGAAAUGGUAUAAAAUUAGUUACGUGCUAUAAUUGUGCCAUGGUCUCAUCGAAAAAGUGUUCAUCCAAUCUGCUACUCACUGUUUUGUCCCAUCUUACUAUCCGAUUUAAGACCAGUUUAUAAGCUAUUGCUAAAACGUUUAUUAAAUAUUUGAUCUUACGUAUACCUUCAUUAAGUGCAAAUGAGAAUAUUGCCUGUACAUAUUUUUUGAGAGUUAAGUAUUAUAUACCAUAAGUAGUAGUCUUAAUAUAAACGGAUACGUAACAUGUCUUUUUUAUGAACAGGAUGUGCCAUGCAGUGAAGUAGAACGUGAAUUCUGGCGUAUCUUACAGGAGUAUAAUGAUGAUGUCGUCGUUGAAUACGGCGCUGAUAUUCACUCAAGUUCUCAGGGGUCGGGGUUUCCAACAAAAUCAAUGCUAAAGAACUUAGUUGGCACUGCUUCCCAACUAGCAGAAGCAAAGAAGUACGCUGAUAGCCCUUGGAACUUAAAUAUAUUACCGUUGUUAGAUCGAUCAGUCUUGAGGUUCAUUAAAGGAAACAUAGACGGUAUGAAAAUCCCUUGGUGCUAUGUUGGUAUGGUUUUUUCUAGCUUUUGUUGGCAUAUUGAGGAUCAUUGGAGCUACUCCAUCAAUUUUAAUCAUUGGGGUGAGCCGAAAACUUGGUAUGGUGUAUCCCGUUUGCACGCAGAUGAUUUUGAACGCGCUAUGAAAAAACACGCUACAGAACUUUUCGAUCAAGCCCCAGAUUUACUGCAUCACAUUACAACUAAUGUAAAUCCGAAUAUUUUACAAGCAGAAGGUGUACCAAUAUAUCGGACUGAUCAACACUGUGGAGAGUUUGUCGUGACAUUUCCGCGCGCUUAUCAUUCUGGAUUCAAUCAAGGCUUCAAUUUUGCUGAGGCUGUUAAUAUAUGUCUACCUGAUUGGCUUCCUAUUGGCCGUGCUUGUAUUGAACAUUAUGCUGAAAUUAAAAGACAUUGUGUAUUUUCAAACGAUGAACUAUUAUGUACAUUGGCUGAAGUAGCUGUGGGCAAUGUUCUUCCAGAAGAAAUACUCACUUUAACAAAUCCUGUUACUAGCUGUAAUUCAAAUGGUGAAUGCUCAGACAAUCCUGAACCUCAUAUCAGUGAAAAACUACCUCCUGGUUGUUCAACUUCAGGUCUCGACAUAGGUGCUGUAGCUAUUGUGCAUCAAGAGUUUACUUGUGUGCUCAAAGAAGAACGACGGUUACGAGAAUUAAUAAUCCAAAGUGGUGUGUCUAAUUCGAGAAAAGUUAGAUUCGACGAAAUGUCAGAUGAUGCACGUGUCUGUGAUUUCUGUUUGACUACUCUUUUUUUAUCUGGAGUUAGUUGUUCAUGUAUUUAUGAAUCGAACACCAGUAUUCAAAGAUUAGAGAACCCAAAUGACCGUUCUUUGGAUGACCUUAGUACAACUGCACGAAAACACAAGAUGUCGGAUGAACCAUAUGGCAUUAUAGAUGAAUCUAAUGAAGAGGAAAAGCGACCUCCUAGCCAUAUGGUUUGUCUAAAACAUGUGUCCGAAUUGUGCAAGAAAUGUCCACCCUCAGUUUUUGUACUCAACUAUCAUUACUCAAUAGAGGAACUAUGCAGUUUAGAACAAUGUUUGGCUGAUCGCCUAGCCCAUUUUUAUGCAUGGAGAAAUCAGUUAUCUGUUAUAAUUAAACCGAGUGAUUCCAACACUUUCUCAAGUAAUCACUUCAUGAAACAAGAAGCUAAUGAUAAUCAUGUUGUUGUAUCUAACAACUCAACUUCAGGUACUAUGACACUUGAGGAAUUGGAGAUAAAAUUGACCGAAGGCAAGGCUGCUGGCUAUCAUACUGAUGACAUCUACAACGAUGCUAAAGCUAUGUUAGAUCGUGGUAAACAUCUUCAACAAAUAUGUGUCAAAUUAAAACCCUCCAUUAUUGGUUCCGGGAACACUGAUAAGUUCAAAAGCUCAUUAACAAGCAUAUCAUCGACCGUCAACCCUGUAAAAUUUCAAACCCGACGUCCUGCUACUUUUACCGUGGCGACUUCUUCGACUAACGGUUGUGCAACACCACAUAAAAUUAUCAAAUUGCCUUCGAAUAAUGGAUAUGUAGUUCUCAACCAUGAACUUGACGUCAACAAUCCCCGGGAAUACGAUCUUUUACGACUGAUGGAAUCUUGUGAACAACAGCAUCCUCUCAAUCUUUUUGAGGAUCCAUCAGUACAAUUAGUCAAACGGCUGUUAAGUCAGUUAACAACGUGGCACCAAUCAGCCCGUGAUAUUAUUAACCUACUAUGCAAUUUAAUCCUAACAAAUGCCACUCGAAGUAUUUCUACCAGUUUUUCCAUAUCAGAUAGUUUGUCCAAUAUUGGUGUUAGUGCGGAUUGUCUCCCUAAUGAUUUCUACGCUUUCUCAACAGAUGAUCAAGCCUUAAUAAUCCUUGACCAUUUUUUGGAGAAAUUACGAAAUGAAUUCCCAUCGUAUGUGUAUCGUAUAUCGGAAUGGAAUUCUCUUAAUCUCCUACGUCAUGCAUUGAGAUGGCUCUGUAUUUAUGGUCGACAUGAUAACAAUAAAAGUACGUGUUGGUCAUUGCCUCAUCUUCGAAAGUAUUUGGUUUUUGGUGAGGAAAUUAUUUCACAGCUGACAGCAAUUACCUCGAGUCAAAAAUCUCACUCAAAAAUAGUUCAUUCAUCUUCAUCACCUGUUUCAUUAUCUAUCCGAAACAACCAGACAAUUUCUCAGUCUCCAGGAUCUUCGUUUAAUGUUAGCAAUAUCGACACUGCUUUAACUCAGAUCAUGAGGUUUGUACUAGCUCGAAUGCAUACAUCUUUAGGAAAUCUGACCCAGUUGGGUGUACAAGUUGAAACUCUAGUUGGUCUUUUAACUGAGAUUCUCAGCAGUUCAAGGUCAUCAAUCUAUCAAGAAAUUGAGGAUGCAUUGUACCGAAUAAAGAGUCUGGGAAUUGAUCACGUUACGGCUGUUAAUGGACAAAUACCACUAACAGAUGAACCUCAACUUAAUGCAGCAUUAGAUGAACGCCAUUUCAAUAGCAUUGUAGAUACUCAGUCAGUUACUACACCUGAAGAUAUCGCUCAAUUAAAAGCACUUUUAAAACAGCAUGUUGAUGACAUGAUAAAUUUGUGUUCCCGGGAUGAAUAUAGUUCAAAAACUAAACCUUAUUUAAAUAAAGCAGAAAUCUUGUGUGGACUCGGUCAUUUGUUCUCACCAACUUCGGAUUCAGAUCGUUUAUUAAGUUUCGUUACAACUAAUCAUAAAAUUAUUGUUAUAUCGGACAAAUUAGAUCGCCAGUUGAAAAAAUUAAAUGAUCAUGUUAACAACACCAAACGUGCUAUAUCGGAUCUGUAUAACAAAUUCCUUCCUCAUCAUGGUUUGCCUGGAUAUAAUAUACAGACAGAUUCAUUAUUAGAGGUGUGUUAUGUGUGAUUCUAAAUAUUCCUUUAAACGCAGUUUAACUUGUCACUUUUUAAUAACAUGGAUUCAAAGGUUCUGAAACACAAAACUUAGUUAUUAUUACGGUUUUUACGUUGGCCUAAUAUGUUUCAUCAUACUAUAAUUCAUCACAACAUGUAUCAUCUGACGCUGAUUAUUCUCAGUAGAUUUAUACACUUGUGAAAAUAUCGAUUGUAAACCAAUAGUAUUGUAAAAGAUCGUGUUUUAGCUUACCUUUGGAUCGGUCAGGAAAUUUGAUUUCUUUAAAGAAGAUUUCUCGUAUAUUCAAAUAAUUAUUCUCAACAAUUCAAAGAACAAAAAUAAAAAAGUAAAUCUACUUUUAUUGUAUAAGAACUGGCAUUUUCAGGCAUGGAAAUUUCAUUUCACUUCAUACCUGCCAAGUCGAUCAUUCAUAUUGUAGUAAGGAGUUAGGCUGCUUCUAUUUAUAAUAAAUCCAGUCUUUGUUCAUCACCUGGUCAUCUAGGUAUGAUAUUUAUUAUCCUGCCAAAUCCCUAUUUUUAAACGUUUGUCUAUCAUAAAGAAGAUAUCAUUUAAUUUAAGAUAGUUAAACGCCAAUUCUCCUCUAAACUAAAUUUCAUACUUCCUCUUCACUGAUACGCUAAGAUUAGUUUGAAGCAAUAUAAAUUAUGACCGGUUUCGCAUUUAAAUUGAGUUUAAUCUAUAACAGGUAAUAUACAUGUAAAAAUGGUCCAUCCAGUAAAUAUCUGGACUGUAUCAUUAAGCUUUGCAACAAAAUUUGGGUACAUUCUAUAGAAAAUUGAUGUAAAGUCGUUAAGUGGAUCGAGCGUUUUAGUUCAAGCCCGUAAAGAACAGCUGACAUCAAAAGGACGAUAUUUUUUUCUUCACGUAUAAUUAUAAAUUGUGAGUGUAUGAACAUAAAUAUACAAAAAAAGUCAUUCCUUUAAAUGUUAUUGAAAUAUGUACCAAUAUGUCCAAAUGCACACUUUCACUUAAAGAUGCAUGACGCUGGAAAACAAAUUAUUUCUGGCGGUGAUCACAUUCCAGUCUGAAUAUAAACUACUGUUAGCCUGAUUUUUAGAUUUUAUGGCCGCUAAUAAGGUGAUGACUACAAAUUAUUAACAUUAUUGUAAGGCGGAUUUGAGAAGUGAAAAGAAGGAAGAAGUAAAAUUCUAUUUAUUAAUUCGUGGACCGUUAUGAAUUAUAAAUCUAAAUCAUAUUUAUUUUAAGGUUAUUCGUAAAGAACACAAAGUUGAUGAAGAGUCAGAAAUGUGGUCAGUCUUCAUUGUUGAUGUAAGCAUCCCACAUCUACUGUCUAUAUACUUUCCAAUUAGCGAUUCUUUUUCCGAAGGAUUGAUAAUGAAUUAAAUUUAAAAGAUCGUCUGUGUACAUAUUUGUAGCAAAAAGGUCAAAGGAUAUAACAACUAGGAAGAUACAAGUAUAUUGCUGAUAGUUGUUGGUAUGUUGAAGGAGAUUAGACAGAUUAACCUUUACUUUUUUUAACAUCAGUUCACGUAUUUACUAGAUAAGUUACAAAUGUGCCUAUAUGUUCCCAAAACUUCUGAAACAUUUUUUAUUGUCUACAAUGUAGAACGUGACUAAAUAAUUUAUUAACCAAUUGUAGAUUUUGUUGCCUGGGUUUUCAAUGAAACAUCAGAAAUGCUUUGCUUUGCAGUCAUUCAAAGAUGCUUCGUCAUCGAGUUAUGAUCUUUCACUUUCUGUAUAUAAACAACAAAUGAAGGAUCAUUUUGAUUACAUAUCGUCAGCACUUAAAAAUAUGUUCACAAAAGGUACUUCAUGUGAUUUAUGUUCCAAGCGCUUCAAAAUAACAAGAGUCAUUACAGACCAAAUUAUCUCCGAAUGCAGUCCUUGUGAUUUAUGUUCAUUAUGCUCAGAAGAUCUAUCAGUAUAUCCCACAUUUGAUUGGCUCAUGCGUUUUGAACAUCACUGGUCCAGUUCUACCUCAUCUAGUGUGAACAAUGAGGAAAUUGUUGAUCUAACUGAUGAAACGGAUUGUGGAAAUUAUGGCAUCUUGAUUCUUCUGUGUAGCCCUGUUUCCACUGCUCUUCGACUUUGUAUAAAUCAAAUUCAAGAGUAUUUGGCUCAAUUGGAACAAAUUCUUCAAUCACAUGGGAACCGAUUAAAUGAAAUCAUUUCAAGCGUGAAUCAAUCGUUAAUUCAACAACUACCAAGCUGUUUGAUGGAUUUCAUCAAUAAGAUGUGCAGUUCACAAGAUCCAUCAGUUCUUACCAAUCAUUCUGACUUAACCUAUGAACUCUGCAAAAUAUUGUGUGUUUUCCUUACAUUCAAAGUGAAUUUGUUGCCGUGUAUUCAAUUGAUCGAACAUAUUUUAUCAUCACUAUGUGUAUUUAACGAUAUUAACGAGAAUACUCUACAAAAAUUAGGUUCUUAAUGUGUGUUUUUUCAAGUAACUCUAUUUAAAGCUUGUUUACCAAACAGUCACGUUUAGCUAUUUACAAAUUUUUUGAUCAUUGUUGUUUUUUUAUACAUUAUUUGUCAGCGUUUGUUUUAUUAUAUAAGUUGACGAUUGUUGUUGGUAAAUUUUGAUAUUUCUAUAUCAGUACGUAAGUAAUAAUAGAUCUGGUUAACAUGGUUCUUUGUUUAUUACCUUUUCUUUAGUAUUCAUUAUCUUAACUAUUCAUAGUUUUCCACUUCUGUGUAUAUGCAUCAGCUGUGUUUUUUCAUAUACCUGAGUAUAUGGGCAGAUGAUGAUAUACAGAUAUCCAAUUGCAUUUGUCUUUACUUUUUCACGUUAUUUCAUCUGUUUGGCCACAUAUUUUCAACUUCGUUUGUAUUUUUACUGCUUUUCUUUCUCGUAACUCAUUGUGAAAUUGUCAUCAUUUACAUACUUUUAAUUUAUAUAUAUCUACAAGACUUUUAUUAAUACUGAUCUGAAAAUUAAUAAAGUAUUUUAUUCAGUUGUGCGUAACAUAUUAUCAUCUUUCUUGGUUAGAAAUAAAGUACCUAAAAUAAUGGCGUGUUGUAUAAUAGGCAGCUUUCUGUCAUCGAAAUACUGAAUUCUUAAAAUUUUAUGCCAUACCAUGUAUGUAUAGCUUGCAAAAUAUUAAUCUUUUAGGUAACACCAACGUGACUAGGUGUAAUAUCUAACGUUCUUAUAAUAGAACCUAACAUAUGUAAGCACAUUGGUUGAAUUUCCCAAACCCAAUUAACACAGUAAGGUGGGAUUGUCAAAACAAAUCCCAGAGUAGUACUUGUAGCAAUAGUGUUAGUGGUAAUAGAAAAGAUUGGGCAUCGAAGAUAUGAUCCAAGAAAAUAUCAGUUAGUGGAAUGAAUAAGUUUAUAGGGUGAUUUGUAAACAUACAGCUUAAGGCAA